UCCACCCUCCAGGCCUGAGACUGGGAGCACCGUCCUGGAGCUCGCCCCCCACGGCCGCGGUGCGCACCCCCAGGCCCAGGCCCAGGCCUAGGGACAGCUCCCCACCCUCGGCCCGGAGCGACAGGUUCCCACCGCUGGGCCCUCCGCGCCAGGCCAGGCUCCUCUAGGCCACCAGAUGUUUGCUAUCCAGCCUGGACUAGCUGAGGGGGGCCAGUUCCUGGGGGACCCACUUCCUGGGAUAUGCCAGUCAGAGUUCCAACCAGACAAUAAUUCCAACUUCUUAGCGAGUGCUAAAGAUGCCAAUGAGAAUUGGAGUGGGGUAUCAAGCCAAGUGGAGCCCAUCCUGGUGAGAAGCUCUUCAGAAUUGCUCUCUGACAACCAGGCUUUCCAGGCUCCUGCACUGCCUGAGGGGGAGGUCCGAAGCCCUCCAGAAGGGGCAGAGAUCCCAAAAGCUGAACCUGAGAAGGUGGAUAGUGCCAGCACAGUCUGCUCCCCUCUGGAGGACAAUGGCUAUGCCAGCAGCUCCUUGAGCAUUGACAGUCCCAGCAGCAGUCCUGAGCCUACUUGUGAGACUCCUCAAGGCCCUGGCUCUACAGAUUCCUUCCUACCCUCAGUGGCCCAGGCUGUACAACAGCUUCAAGCUCAAGAGCGCUACAAAGAACAGGAGAAGGAGAAGCACCAUGUACACUUGGUGAUGUACCGCCGCUUGGCGCUGCUCCAGUGGAUCCGGGGCCUGCAGCACCGGUUGGUUGACCAGCAGGCCCGCCUGCAGGAGAGUUUUGACACCAUCCUGGACAACCGAAAGGAGCUUAUUCGCUGUCUCCAACAGCGGACAGCACCCUCUAGGCCCCAGAACCAGAACUAAGGGUGUGCCUCCACAGGGAUGCAAGGAUAUAUGUAUAUAUUUGCAGAUCUCUCUCUCUCUCUCUCUCUCUCUCUCUCUGUGUGUGUAGUUGUGCAUAAGUGAAUACUUACUGAGGUGAGUGCAGGUAAGCUAAGAGAGUUUGUGUAUGUUAACAUGGAGGCAGGUUAUGUAUUUAUGAGCUUGUGUGUGCUGUGUUUCUUUGUGUUCACCCAAGCUAACUUAUAUAGAGACCUAUAGGUGAGUGUGGAAGAGGAACCUUAGGCAUAUGUAUAGCAAGUAUAUAAGAAUAAAUGUGGGAGUCGGGCGCAAAGUGCAAGGACCCGUGAAAGGAUCCCAGUUCAAGCCCCUGGCUCCCCACCUGCAGGGGAGUUGCUUCACAAGCGGUGAAGCAGGUAUGCAGGUGUCUAUCUUUCUCUCCCCCUCUCUGUCUUCCCCUCUUCUCUCAAUUCCUCUCUGUCCUAUCUAAACAACAACAACAUCAAUAACAACAACAAUAAUAACUACAACAACAAUGAAAAACAACAAGGGCAACAAAUGGGAAAAUAAAUUUAAAAAUAAAUAAAU